AUGUCCAAGGAGGGAUUCACCGCCAGGAUCAUUUCUCUGUACGGGAAAGCCGGGAUGUUCGAGAAUGCUCAGAAGGUGUUCGACGAAAUGCCGGAACAUGACUGCAACAGAACGGUUCUGUCCUUUAACGCUCUCCUCGGAGCGUGCCUGAACUCGAAGAAGUUGGAUUUGUUUGACGGGCUCUUCAGGGACUUGCCGGGUAAGUUAUCGAUUGAACCUGAUGUGGUAUCUUACAAUACACUCAUCAAGGCAUUGUGUGAGAAGGGCUCCUUAGAUGAUGCUGUUUCGGUGCUCGAUGAGAUUGAGAGUAAGGGUUUGGAGCCGGAUUUGUUCACGUUUAACACGCUUUUAUGCGAGUUAUACAAGAAUGGUCAGUUCGAGCGUGGUGAGGAGAUUUGGUCAAAAAUGAUGGAGAAGAAAAAUGUGAGUUUAGAUGGCAGGAGUUACAACGCGCGGCUGCUCGGGUUAUCCAUGCAGAGAAAAUCGAAAGAUUUGGUUGUUUUGUUCGAAGAAAUGAAGAAUAAAGGGAUCAAACCUGAUGAUUUCAGCUUCAAUUCUAUGAUUAGGGGGUUUAUCAAUGAAGGGAAACUAGAUGAAGCCAAAACUUGGUACAGCGAAAUGGAGAAGAACGAUUGUCGCCCGAACAAAUCGACAUUUGCGAUAAUGCUUCCUGUUCUGUGCAAGAGCGGCGAUUUGGGGUAUGCCUUUGAGCUCUGCAAGGAGAUAUUCAACAAGCGGCAUCUCAUCGACAAGGUGAUAUUGCAGCAAGUGGUGGAUGAAUUGGUGAAAGGGUCAAAGGGAGAAGAAGCCAAGGAGCUCCUCGAGCUCGCCAAGUCCAAUGAUUACUUGCGUAUCAAGCUAGGUAUGGCUUCCGAAUAA